GUUUUUGAAAUUUUCAUUGCAAUAGAAUUCCGUUAUUAAAUUUUUCAACUCAUAAGUGUGUCAUUUUCUCAUGUUAUGAAAUUCCAAAAGAGAAUUUGAGCAUGCAAAUAUUUGUCCCCAUGUUUUACCUACCUCAAUAAUUUGCGUAGUUUAUUUUACAGAGUAAAAUAUGAAUGCAAAAAUUUGAUCCGCACAGGUCAUCACAGGUUGAUGACUUUGUUGUAGUAAGUGAGUAAAUGAAACGAUUGCACAUUUUUCCAUUUAAAAAAUGAAACAUUCACAUGAGGAUGAUACCUUAUAUGCUGUGAAGGGAAAAUUAAAUACAAUAAAUUUCAUAAUGUUGUGAAAUUCCAAUAGAAAUGCUGAGGAAGAAAAUAUUUGUCAUCAGCUUUAAGAAUAUUCCAGCAUAAUUAAUGCAUGGUUUGCACAAUGUUAAUGUCUUUUUAGUAGUAAAUAGGUUAAUGAAACGCUUGCACAUUUGCAGAUGUCUUUAUUUUUUGCAGGAUAUAAAUGAAAUUCGAUGAAAUUCAUCAUGUUGUGAAAUUCUAAAAAGAAAGUUUUGCUGACAACCAAAUUUUGUUCUUAUGAUUUAAAUUGCUGAGUUGACAUAUUUUAUGUAUAAAAAUGCAAUUGCCCUUUGAUUUUCAACAGUUUGUUACCAAAACCCCGUCAGUGUUUCUUACAAUGAAUCAACUCAGCAACAAGUCUCUGUCCGAAAUAAUGAAUAUUAUUUCACUUACCAAAUCGGUAAGCGAUUUAAUUGCAAUUAUUGAGGAUAACAAUGGGCGAGUUUUCUUUAGUAGAGUAAUUGAUCGGAUUGAAAGUGAAGUGAUUAAUGGCAAGUCUCUCACCUUUACUGAGAGGAAAAGGCUAAUCAAGUGCAUUACGGACCAUGGAGAAUGUUCAGGAAGAUCAGAAAGUGUAUGUCGAAUUCUCUCUGGUAAAGGAAAAAUUCCUAGUACUAGCAGACAACAUUUGGAUCGCUCUCGCUCACCUCAUCAGAGAACCAGCGUUAUUAAAUAUGCCGAAAAAGAGAGCAGUGUAAUAGACUUAUGUACAAGUGAAAGCGAUGACGAUCAUGAAGAUGUUGAAGAUGGAGGGUUUGAUGCAGUAAUCGACUUAUGUACCAGUGAAAGUGAUGAUGAUUAUGGACAGGAAGAUUCUAUUGAACAACAAGGAGGAGGGAUUGAUACAUCUGAGAUAGAACCAGUUCAAUAUCAUAAAAACAUAACAGUCGUUGAAAAAGUCAAAUCGCACAAUACCCACUUUAACUACACUCAGCUAGAGAUUGAGUUUCAACUAAAGAAACCCGAAAACAGCUCAGAAGGGAAGAAUUGGAUGGAAGAUGCCUUUGAUGAGGUACUUAAAAUUCUGCGGACGGAGUCGAAAGAUGGGGACAAAAUUGUUAUGAAACUAUUUCUCCGUGAUAAUCCAAAUCACAGACCAAUAUUCAUAGGAAUUCGUCCCCUUACUGCGCUGAACGUACCCAUCAUAUUCGCACACCUAGAAAAAGUACAGCAGAGUACAACUGUUUUCAAUUCGACGGAUGUACUGGGUGUUCGCGCUUAUCUUCUACAUGCGAUGUCGGGACGUGGAGGCCAUCGUAAUCCCUCUAGAAUGACUAUUGAAGAGGUAUAUCGCUUCAAAUUUAGGAGCAUUAUCAACGUUAAAACGGAAAAGAAUUGCUUGCCUAUAGCAAUUAUAUUCGGAAUGUUGCUUUUGGAAGAAAACAAAGAGGAAAUUAAUAGAAAACUUAAAAGUUACAGACGAUAUCCUGUUAAGUUAAACAGAAUUGCAGAUGCAUUUGUUAAGGAAAUCAAACCCAGCAAACUGAGAGAGGACGGUAAAUAUGGACUUGAUUUUAUACAUGCUUUUGAACGUAAAUAUUCGAAAGACUUUAGAGUUCACGUUUACAGUUCUCUCUCUGAUUUUAACGUACUUGAGUAUAAAUCACGUAAAACCGCGACAAAUCAAAGAAAAUUAAUCAAUAUUUUCUAUGAUAAGGCGAAUGAACAUUACUUUUGUAUAGCAAAACUCGCGGGAUUUUUUGAUUUUGAUCAUCAUUGUACCGUUUGUGAUAUGCUUUACAAUCGUAGCCAUAUUUGUCCCGAAAAAUGCAAAUCCUGUACCCAAAACCCUCCGUGUCCUAAUGUUAUGUCAAUGCUUGAUUGUUCUUCAUGCAAUCGGCGAUUUAAAGGAGAAGUUUGUUUUAAUAAUCAUACUAUUCUGGGCGUUUGUGACAAAUUUAAAAUCUGUAAACAUUGCUAUUUGUCGUACGAUGCCUCGAAAGGUCAUGACUGCGACAAAAGAAAAUGUAUUAUUUGUGAUCAAAAUACUUCAAUUCCUCAUUAUUGUCAUAUUCAACCAUAUAGGAAUAGGAAAAACCGCAAAGAAUAUUGCAUAAUCUUCUAUGAUUGUGAGUCAGAAUUUACAUCGCUUCCGGGGGGAUAUUCAAAACAUACGCCUAAUUUAGUUAUCGCGUAUACAGUCUGUCAUUUAUGUGUUGCAACUCCCAAUUCCUACUGUUCAAGAUGCGGUCCUUCGGAACGUAUUUUUCAGAGCGAUGAAAACAAGUCCUCAAUUGAACAAUUUAUUGAUUAUGUUAUGCAAUAUCGUGAAAUGUGUACCCGGGUGAUAGCACAUAACGCGAAAAGCUACGAUGGACAGUUCAUCCUCGAAGAAUUAUGCAAAAGAGAAUACAAAAUAUCACCAAUUCUCUCGGGCAUGAAAAUUCUCUGUGCAUCAGUCGAUAAUAUCACAUUUUUGGACUCCCUUUCGUUCAUUCCCUUUCCUCUUUCACAAUUCAGUAAGAGUUUUGGUUUAGAAGAAUGUACGAAAGGGUAUUAUCCUUACAAAUUUAACACACCGAAAAAUCGAAAUUAUGUGGGGCCGUAUCCAGAUAUCGAUAUGUAUCCAAUUGCCUCAAUGACAACCUCUCAAUAUAACGACUUUCUUCAAUGGUACAAUGCAAAUAAGCAUAAUACUUUCGACAACAAAGCAGAAUUAAUUCGGUAUUGUCGUCAAGAUGUCAAAAUUUUAAUGAAAGGUUGCCUAAAUUUUAUGUUUUCUUUCAUUGAAACGACUGAUGUUAAUCCCUUUCUGGAGGCUAUCACCAUUGCUGAUUCAGUGAUGAAAGUCUAUAGAAAGAAUUAUCUCAAGCCAAACACACUUGGAAUUACACCAAAAAAUAAUUAUAAUUCAAAUUUCAUUCACCUUCAGAGCAAAAUUUCUCUCAAAUGGCUCGUCUACUUAAAAUUGAAAGAAAACAUAAACUUAACGUACGAAGAAAAAUUAAAAAAUUGUCGUUAUAUUGCGGAUGGUUAUGACGAAACCACUAACACUGUGUAUAGUUUUGAGGGAUGUUAUUAUCACGGACAUACUUGUUAUCUGAAUAGGAUGCAAGUGUGUUCUAAUGACCCCAAUGAUACAUUGCACAAUCGUUACGAGGCAACUUUGAGGCGAUUGGAUCACAUACGUAAAUUGGGAUAUAAUGUUGUAUCUAUGUGGGAAUGCGACUUCCGUAAAAUUUUAAAAGAUGAUCCACAGCUUACACAACAAAUAGAGCAACAUAGAGAGAUCACAGAUUCAGGUUUUAAUUUAAGAUCAGCAGUUUAUGGAGGUAGAACUGAAGUUUUUCGACUUUACCAUAAAUGCAAACCUGGUGAUCGUAUUUACUAUUACGAUUUCACCUCCUUGUAUCCUUGGGCCAAUAAAUAUUCUAAAUAUUUUGUCGGUCAUCCUACAAUUCACAAGGAUAUUGAAAGCCAAGAGGAGGCCCUAAAAUAUGAUGGCGUAAUAAAAUGUAAAGUUCUACCUCCACGUGGUCUCUAUAUCCCUUGUCUUCCGUACAGAUGCAAUAAUCGCCUGACUUUCCCAUUGUGUCGGCAAUGUACGGAAGAUUUGAAUGUCUUUAAUUGCACACAUUCAGACGAUGAGAGAGCCCUCACUGGAUUUUGGUCUCUCGAUGAAGUUCGUCUUGCGGUUGAACAUGGGUACAAAAUUCAAAAAUGCUUUGAAUUAUGGGCUUAUGAAACUUCACAGUACAACCGUGAGACUGGUGAGAGAGGACUAUUCGCCGAUUAUGUUGAUAAUUUCCUAAAAAUCAAACAAGAAUCAAGCGGAUGGCCAAAAGAUGCCAAAUCAGAUGCUGAUAAGGAACGUUACAUCCAAGAAUAUUUGGAGAAGGAAGGAAUUCAACUUGAGAAGGAUAAGAUAGCUGUUAAUAAGGGUAUGAGAUCUCUCUCAAAAAUUGUUCUGAACAGCUUAUGGGGUCGUUUUAUUAUGAGGGAGGAUUACAGUAAAACAACAAUUUGUAAUUCUUCUUCGGAAUUAAACGAUAUUUUGCAGUCAGAAAAUAUAGAGAUACUUGAUCUAUAUCCUGCAGGACCCACCCAAAUUUUCGUUUCAUGGAAACACAUUGAUGAACAUGAAGUUCCAUCAAAGUACGUAAAUUUGGGUGUAGGAAUUUGCACGACAACUAAUGCCCGGAUCAAGUUGUAUUCUGUUCUUUCCAAAUUAGGACAUAACGUUUUUUACUGUGACACUGAUUCGGUAAUUUAUCUUGUACCUAAUGGUCAGGAAAAUCCCUUGGAAACUGGAAAAUUUUUAGGAGAAUUAACCGAUGAGUUGGCGGAUUUCAGUGAAGGCUCUUACAUUGAUGAAUUUGUGAGCUGUGGACCAAAGGCGUAUGGCUUGAAAAUUUAUUCCCCCGGGACCGAUUCCUAUUCAUAUAAGGUUGUGUUUAAAGGCAUAUCGAUGAACAGGGAGGUUGAAAAACAUAUUAAUUUUGAAGCGCUCAAAAGCUUGGUCCUAAAUGAAAAUGAUGGUAUAAGAGUUGAAUAUCCGGAUAGGAUAACCAGGAAACAACUUUUCCAGAUUCAGUCAGGACCGUGCACAAAGACAGCAAACUUUACAUUAAUGAAAAGGAAAUGUGUCGAAAAUUUUGAUUCCUUACCUUUUGGCUAUUAAUUGAAUUAUAUUUAUGUAAUUGUACAAGAAUAUUUAAUCUUAGAAUAAGUUUAGAUUAAAAUAAAUAUCUAGAAAAUGUUUUGUUAUGUAAAAAUUACUAAAAUAAAACAAUGAAAUCAAUAUACAAAUGUGUUUUUAUCACAACAUAUAAAGGUUUCAUCCUCAUGCGAACGCUUCAUUUUUAAAUGGAAAAUCUGCAAUCGUUUCAUUUGCCCAUUUACUACAAAAAAGUCAUCAACCUUAUGCAUUGUGGAGAUCAAAUUUUUGCAUUCAUGUUUUACUCUUUCGCAAAUUAUUGAGGUAGGUAAAAUAUGGUGAGAAAUAUUUGCCUGCUCAAAGUUUCUUUCAGAAUUUCAUAACAUGAGAAAAUGACAAACUUAUGAAUUGAAGAUUUUAAAAACGCAAAUUUAUAGCAAUGAAAAUUUCAAAAACGCAAAUUUAUUGCAAUGAAAAUUUCAAAAACGCAAAUUAUAGCAAUGAAAAUUUCAAACACACAAAUUUAUUGCAAUGAAAAUUUCAAAAACGCAAAUUUAUUGCAAUGAAAAUUUCAAAAACGCAAAUCAUUUGAAAUGAAAAUUUCAAAAACGCAAAUCUUUUGAAAUGUAAAUUUCAAAAACGCAAAUCUUUUGAAAUGUAAAUUUUAAAAAUGCAAUGUUUUUCAAAUGAUGAUUUAAAAAACGCAAAUCUUUUGAAAUGUAAAUUUUAAAAAUGCAAUGUUUUUCAAAUGAUGAUUUAAAAAACGCAAAUCUUUUGAAAUGUAAAUUUUAAAAAUGCAAUGUUUUUCAAAUGAUGAUUUAAAAAACACAAAUCUUUUGAAAUGUAAAUUUUAAAAAUGCAAUGUUUUUCAAAUGAUGAUUUAAAAAACGCAAAUCGUUUGAAAUAUAAAUUUUAAAAACGCAAAUUUAUUGCAAUGAAAUUUUUUAAAGUUGUUUAAUUCUGAAAAAAAUCCAAAAUCUUAUAGGUACUCAUAAAAAAUUUAACCCACAAUCACAAACGAUGUGUGAUAAAGCAUACAAAAAACAUGUGAAAAUUAUGCAUGGGAGUAAAUUGCAUUUUUCCCCACACAAUUAAGACACAUAAACGGUGAUCAUAGAGAGAGAGGAAAAAGACGAAAGUUCCACAUACAAUUAAUGCAACACUCAAAGCCAAUAUUUAUACAUUGAAAAUAUAUUGUCUUUUUCCCCCUCAAAUAAAUUCAUGCACUUCAAGAAGUGAUCGCGAAAAAAUGUUUCGUCAGCGAAAUUUUUCUCAGUGUCGCUUCACACUUUCUUCGUUGCCAAGUGCCUGCUCAAAUUCC